GACAACCAGCACGUGGGAAAUUCAGGUUGUCAACAAGUUUCGUCUGUAAAGUUUUUGCCACUUGUUUCUCAUGUUUAUUUUCUCGAAAUAAUAUGGCAUCCAAUGUCAACGAAAGAGACACUGCUCCAAAAAAAGCUGCAGAUGCUGUAUUCGUCCCUACUCAGGAACAUGGAUUCAAGAAUAAAGUGCAAGGAUAUGAUUGGAGCCAGGGUUUGGACUAUGGAAAACUUAUUGGAUCAUACAUAACUACUGGAUUCCAGGCAACAACCUUUGGACUUGCAGUAAAUGAAGUCAACAAGAUGCUUGCAAAAAGAAUAGAACCUAUACCAGAGAGCCUUGGCCUGGAUGAGUUUGAGGAAGAUUUGUUUAUCAAGCGGAAGUCAAACUGCACCAUAUUUUUGGGCUACACUUCCAAUAUGUGCUCAUCUGGCAUUCGUGACACAAUAAAAUUCUUGGUGCAGAAUAAACUUGUGGACUGCAUUGUGACGACAGCUGGAGGAGUAGAAGAAGACUUCAUCAAGUGUCUUGCGCCGACGUUCGUGGGAAAUUUUGAACUUAAAGGAUCAACUUUAAGAGAAAGUGGGAUCAACAGGAUUGGCAAUUUGGUGAUACCCAAUGACAAUUAUUGUAAGUUUGAAGACUGGGCAAUGCCCUUGCUUGACGAGAUGGUAGCGGAACAGAAAGAAAAAGGAACAAAAUGGACACCUUCCAAAAUCAUUGAGAAACUCGGUCGUGCGAUCAACAACCCAGAAUCGGUUUAUUACUGGGCCGCUAUUAACAAUAUCCCAGUGUUUAGUCCCGCGUUGACAGAUGGAAGUUUAGGUGAUAUGAUGUAUUUUCAUUCGUACAAGAACCCUGGUCUUGUAGUGGAUAUUCUCGAAGACCUUAAAAGGCUUAACACGAUGGCCGUCAAAGCUUCCAAUUCGGGAAUGGUCAUUUUGGGCGGAGGUCUCAUUAAACACCACAUUUGUAAUGCCAACCUCAUGAGGAACGGUGCAGAUUUUGCUGUUUUUAUCAACACAGCUUGCGACUUUGACGGUAGUGACAGCGGAGCUAAACCAGAUGAAGCGGUUUCAUGGGGGAAAAUUAAGAAAGACGCCACACCCGUUAAGGUCUGUGCAGAUGCUAGCCUUGUUUUUCCGAUUUUGGUGGCUGAGACAUUUGCCAAACAUCAUUUUUCAUCAAUUCCCAAAUAAUUCCUUAUCCGAAUACAUAACAUGGGCCAAA